AUGGUAAAUUUGCCCCAAAACAGGUGUACCUACUGCAAGAAGUGUGGCAAGCACCAGCCACACAAGGUGAUGCAGUACAAGAUGGGCAAGGACUCUCUGUAUACACAGGGCAAGCAGUGCUACAACCACAAGCAGAGCAGCUAUGGUGGCCAGACCAAGCCCAUCUUCUGCAAGAAGGCCACGACCUUGCUGAGGCUUGAGUACGUGGAGACCAAGUGUAGGUCCAAGAGGAUGCUGGCCAUUAAACACUGCAAGCACCUCGAACUGGGAGGAGACAAGAUGAGGAAGGGACAAAUGAUGCAGUUCUGA